AUGGCCCGCCGUGUCAUGAUGGGCCAAUGUGAUCGUAAGGACCUUGAGGAGGCUGAGUUCGACCGCACCCAGAGCGAUGAGCCAAUUGGGAAGCGAGAGAGACGCUAUUUGCUCUUGGAGACCCUGGGUGAGAAUGAGGAAGAAGAGGUUAAGGUUACAGGUAAGGAGGAGGAGGAGGAGGAGGAGGAGGAGGAGGAGGAGGAGGAGGAGGAGGAGGAGGAGGAGGAGGAGGAGGAGGUGGUGGUGGUGGUGGUGGAGGUUAAGAAGUAG